CAUAGAAGCUCUCCUCGACCCUGCGCGCGACCAGACUCACGACCGACAGCCUACCACCCUUGUCCACGAUGGCCGACGCGGAAAUGGCCGAUGCGCCUACCUCGCCCGAAGAGACCAAGCCCCAGCAGAGCAAGAACGGCGGCUACACCGAGACGAAAACUGCGCAAAAGGCAGUCGCGGUGCGUAGCAUCGAGGGAUGGAUCGUGGUCGUCACGAAUGUGCACGAGGAAGCUUCGGAGGAGGACCUGCAAGAUCUGUUUGGCGAGUACGGCGAGAUCAAGAAUAUUCAUCUCAACUUGGACAGGCGGACGGGCUAUGUGAAGGGAUACGUGCUCAUUGAGUACCCGACACUGGACGAGGCGAAAGCUGCGGUCGAAGGCGCAAAUGGAGAGAAAUUGCUGGAGCAGACCAUUGGUGUGGACUUCGCAUUCGUGCGCCCACCGCCGGUCAAGGGCAGCCAAGGUCCGAAGGGAGGGCGCAAGGGCGGGAGACAACGCAGUCGCAGUCCAGGCGAGAGACGUGGACGUGAGGACGAAGAUGAGUGAGAUAUGAGGUACCUUACGAUGGACGUCCGGGGCAUUUGGCAUCGGGCCGGUGAGGUCAUCACAAAAGUCACCACGCAGGUGGUGCCUCCGUUUCUGCCUUCGAUGGCUAGGAAGCACCUGCACCGAGCAAGAAUAUUGGCGCCGACAAUGGUCGGCAGGUAGAAACCGCAAAAUCAUGCUUCAUCACUUUCUCCUUCACCCACUCACAACAGACUUAUUGUGACGACCGCGAAGAUAUUGUUACAGAGCUCACGCAUCAUUUGUGCACUCUGCCGACAGUCAUUCACUCCUCGCGGUCAACCAUGUUUCAACUACCCUCCGACGAUUCAUCAGAUUCGACGCCUUCCGAGUCACCCCCGCUGAGCCCAGGCACUGCUCAACCUCAGAAUACCCUUCAAGCUCCGACUACCACUCAAGUUCCGAUUGCCACUCAACCUCCAACUGCC